AUGGUGGCUCCGGCUGCAAUGGGGGGCCCUUCGAUAGGCACGCAACCGCCAGCGAGUCGUCAGCCCGCCCGUUCUUCGAGCACCCAUCCAUCUCAUUCUCACAAUGUGCCCUUGAGCACUCGGCGCUCCGCACCCCUCGAUUUAUCGACUGUCGAAAGACGAGGCCAGCCCACUGCUCCGCGCGAGCCGACGAGUCGAGUCCGUCCUCACGGCCUGCAAGAGGCACCUACUUUCCGUCCAACCGAGGAGGAAUUCAGAGACCCCGAGGCAUACAUUCGCAAGAUUGCGCCGGAAGGGAAGAAAUAUGGUAUCUGCAGGAUAAUUCCUCCAGAGAAUUGGCAGCCAACAUUUGCUAUUGAUACCGAGAAAUUCCAUUUCAAAACCCGUCGACAGGAGCUUAAUUCGGUCGAAGGAGGUAUGCCCCCGCGUUCAGCGUUGCUUGCUGCCGGUGGUACUCCGCAGCUCAGUUCUAACCCAGACCCAGGAACCCGUGCAAACUUGAACUAUCUCGACCAACUUGCCAAGUUUCACAAACAGCACGGCACCAAUCUUAAUCGUUUCCCAAGCGUCGAUAAGCGGCCCCUGGACCUGUUUCGAUUGAAAAAAGCUGUCGAGGUUCGCGGCGGUUUCGAGCAGGUGUGCAAGAUGAAAAAGUGGGCAGAAAUUGGUCGCGACCUAGGAUACAGCGGCAAAAUCAUGUCCUCUCUCUCGACCUCACUUAAGAACUCUUAUCAAAGGUGGCUCCAGCCUUACGAGGAGUACCUCCGCGUGGCGAAACCUGGUGUACAACAGCAGCUUGAAAUGGAGCAUGGUGGUCCCUAUACCCCGUCGCCCAACCAUUCGCCUAUGCCCAAGAAUCCCACCCCUCUAGAGGCUGAGACACGCUCUGCGACACCCCAUGGCCCUUCCGCAGCCUCGCAAAGCGCCCCUCAUGACGCGGCAGCGACUCCCGCCAAGAAUUCCACACCUCUGGUAGAUCCUACACCACCUCGACCAAUUGCGUCUGGGUUUACGCCUGUAAAUGCUGGCGGAUUUACUGCUGUAAACAAAUCACCCUCGUUCAUCGCGGUGAAUAGCGCGCCAGCAAUGAAACGGGAUCCUGACCAUGAAAUCGCUACGCCGAAAAGCGUUUCUGAGUACCAGAAAGACUCAACGCCAGUUUCCAAUGGUCAUGGUUCAGUAAAGCGUGCUAUUAGUACCGAAAGUGGGUCUCAAGCGGAUACGGGAGAACUGGAUGCCAACGGACGAAGAAGCAAGAGGCUCAAAAAGGAUACCCCUUUGCCGACAGUUGCAGGCUCACAGAUGACUCUCCUUCGACCCGCCCCUUCACGCUCAAGGAAAAGUGACGCCAGAAAAUUUGGUGAUAAAUGUGAGACUUGUGGCAAAUCUGAAGACCGGUCCUCGAUCUUGGUAUGCGACAGCUGCGACCAAGGCUUCCACAGAUAUUGCUUAGACCCUCCUUUGCAUCAUAUUCCCGAGUUCGAUUGGCAUUGCCCCAAGUGUUUAGUUGGCACGGGAGAAUUUGGAUUUGAGGAAGGUGGUGUUUACUCCUUGAAGCAAUUCCAAGAAAAGGCCAACAAUUUCAAAAAGAAUUAUUUCGCCUCCAAAAUGCCUUUUGACCCCGUUCUUAAUACUCGUCGGCGAGAGUCUGAAGACGACGUUGAACGAGAGUUCUGGAGACUGGUUGAAAGCUUGACGGAGACGGUUGAAGUUGAAUACGGUGCGGACAUUCAUUCGACUACCCAUGGCAGUGGCUUCCCGACGGUCGAGAGAAAUCCGCUCGAUCCAUAUUCAAAAGAUCCCUGGAAUCUGAAUAAUCUUCCGUUUCACGGGGAGUCUCUGUUCCGUCAUAUCAAAUCCGAUAUCUCAGGCAUGACAGUCCCCUGGGUCUACGUCGGCAUGUGCUUCUCAACCUUUUGCUGGCAUAACGAGGAUCAUUACGCUUACUCUGCAAAUUAUCAACAUUUCGGAGCUACCAAGACUUGGUAUGGGAUUCCAGGAGCUGACGCUGAAGCAUUCGAGGAAGCAAUGCGACAAGCGGUCCCUGAACUUUUCGAAGGUCAACCAGACCUGUUAUUCCAGCUCGUCACUUUGAUGCCACCGGACCAGUUGCGGAAAGCCGGAGUCAAUGUCUAUGCGCUUGACCAAAGGGCCGGUCAAUUUGUCAUUACAUUCCCUCAGGCUUACCAUGCUGGAUUCAAUCAUGGUUUCAACUUCAACGAAGCUGUCAAUUUUGCCCCUGUGGACUGGGAACCCUUUGGUGCAGCGGGUGUGGAACGUCUUCAGGCCUUCCGUAGACACCCGUGCUUUUCACAUGAUGAACUACUUUUCACCGCGGCUGCCAGGGAUACGUCCAUAUCCACCGCCAAAUGGCUUGCCCCAGCACUUCAAAGGACAUGCUCUCGUGAGUUAGCCGAACGAGCUUCGUUUGCUAAACGUCAUCAAGAGGCAACGCCUCAUAACUGUGCUUUGCUUACCGAUGACUCGGCCCCUACCGGAGAAUGUCAGCUAGGGUUCCUGAUCGAGGAUAAAGAUCUCCCAGAGGAGGAUUACCAAUGCCAUUAUUGCAAGGCCUACAUCUUCUUGACUCAAUUUAAAUGCCACAAGUCCGGGAAAACACUAUGCCUGGUACACCUGGAUGCACAUGAUUGCUGUGGGGAACCGCUGUCGAAAAAGUUGCUGGGCCCGGACCACACACUACGCUACAGAGUCAGCGACACGGAAUUGAAGAGCAUGGUCUUGAAGGUCCAGGAGCGUUCCAGGAUCCCGGAAGCCUGGGGACAGAAACUUGACAAUAUUCUGGAAGAUGAUCCGAAGCCCCAGUUGAAGGUCCUUCAUAACCUACUUAAUGAAGGUGAGAAAAUCCCAUACCAUUUACCUGGUCUCCAAGAGCUUGCGGCCUUCGUUCAGCGCUGCGAUAAGUGGGUUGAGGAAGCAACCAACUACAUUACGCGGAAGCAGCAGAACCGAAGGAAGAACGAGAAAGCUUGGCGCAAGACUACUUCCAAGGCCUCGCAGCUGGAAGAACGUGACCGUGAAGUUCGCAGGGUAGAAAACAUCUACGCCCUUCUUGCAGAGGCUGAUAAACUGUCAUUCGACUGUCCACAGAUGGCGGCUCUGGAAGAGAAAACCCGCGAGAUCGAGAAAUUCCGCCUGGACGUUAGCGCUGCGCUCGCGAAUCCGCAUACCCGGUCAAUACAGGAAGUCGAAGAGCUCGUGGAAAACUCCCGGAAUUUCAACGUGGAUCUACCGGAAGUGGAGGACCUGGAACACAUUGUCAGACAAAUGAAGUGGAACGAGGAUGCAGGUCGCAGACGUGGCCAAUAUCUGACUCUCAAGGACUGCCAGGAGCUUAUCUUAGCUGGUGAACAGCUGGGACUCUCGGAAGCGAAUGAACACCUUGCGCAUUUCAAAGACCUGUGUCGUCAUGGUGAGGCUUGGGAAGCGAAAGCUAAGGAAUUAAUGUCGGUCGAGGCGGUCCACUACCAACAGCUGGAAGCCUUGUCGGCGCAGGCAAACCGAGUUCCUGUCUCCCCAGAGACACUCGCAGCUGUAGAUGCAAUAUUGACCAAACAACGUGAAGCUCAGAAACGGAUCCAAAGUUUGUAUGAGAGGAGCAAGGACCCGGAUUACAAGAAACGGCCUCUUUACAAGGAAGUACGAGAAUUAAUGGAGUCGCUGGAAGAGCUAAAUAGUCGGCCAACUGGCGCAAUUGACCUGGAGCGUGAACAGAAACGGCAUGAAGACUGGAUGAGGAAGGGGAAAAAGCUGUUUGGGAAGGCUAAUGCUCCUCUGCAUAUCCUAAAAUCGCACAUGGAGUAUGUUGAGAAGAGAAAUUUCUACUGUUUCGACCUCGAAGAUCGUUUUCGGCCUCCUGUCGAGCCAGCGUCAAGGGACAAUAGCCCUGACGGCCAGGGAGGGGAUGUGCAGCAGUACUACGGGCAGUCUACAGCGAAGCGAGAUGUUUUCUGUAUUUGCAGGCAUUCUGAAGCUGGAAUGAUGAUCGAGUGCGAGAUUUGCGGAGAAUGGUACCAUGGAAAGUGUCUGAAGAUUGCUCGGGGCAAGGUCAAAGAGUGCGAUAAAUACACUUGUCCGAUUUGUGACUGGCGGCAAAAGAUCCCCCGAGAUGCUGCUCGCCCGAAGCUUGAAGAUCUACAAGAGUGGCAAUCCGAAAUUCCCAGCCUCCCAUUCCAACCUGAUGAAGAGCAAAUCCUAGAAAGAAUCAUCAACCAGGCGACCGCCUUCCGUGAAUUCCUGCAGCGUUACACCAAUACUGCGUGUACCACCACUGAAGAAGUUCCCACUCUGGUCUUCUAUUUGCGCAAAAUCGAAGGCGCCGAGGUUCUACUUGCCUAUGAGACGAAUCUAUUCCGGCAAGAGAUUCACAAGUGGCAACCCGUUGCUCCAGAGCCCCCGCCAAUUCUGGAGCAAUCCCUUUCGACCAGGAAGCCCCGGCCAACAAAACAGCAGAAAUUGAUGGCUCGAAUGGGUAUCCAAAGCCCCGAAGAUCUUCCUCCUCAUCUGCGCCCCAAGCAGACAAACCCGGCGAAGCGCAAGUCUAUCGAUACCCAAGCUAGCCGGCCUCCGACCAUGCAGCCGGCUUCUCAGACCUCUGGCGACAAUACAAGUACAGACUCGCGCAUAGGACCCACAUUGGCGCCAAACGAUGCGCAAAGCGCCCCGUACCCGUUUUCUGCAAACUAUCCACUUCCUGCAAGUGACACGGCGUCGGCAUUUGCACCCGAGGCUUCGGCCUUUCUACCUCAUGUCUCCGCAGAUUCUGCUUCGUUUCCCCCAAGGUCCCCCACUCCUCCUCAUGGUCUCCCCUCAUCUCUUUUUAGCCCGCCCCGUUACUCGCGGACUGCUACGGGUGGUCCUUCCGGCAUUGACAUUGACCAUUCAAACCCCUUUGGUAGUAGCCCUCGGAACUUGGACGAUGUAUUCGCAGACCUUACCAACCAGGAUGCCGACCCGGAACCUGAGCAGGAUCCUGAACCUAUGGAGAAUACUCACGCAAACGAAGCUUUGGAGUUGCUUGACGUCGGCAACGACAGGGAAAGUUCCGUUCCUGUGCCUGACGUGGAAGUCGAAAACAGACCACAAGAAGUCAAUGGUCAACCUGAGCCGGAAGUCGAAGCCACUGCGGCCGCUUAA